AGAUGUUGGAGAGAGGAAGGAAGCUGCAGUCUGGGCUCAAGCUCAGUCUUCAUUCAGAGAGACAGGGGCAGCAGCAGCAACUUCAGGAGCUCAUGGUCCAACUUCCGCAUUCAGACAAUGGGGGAAGGCUCUGAUUGGCAGGAGGACCGAACCCCUUCCGGUCCUCCAGGGCUCCGCAUUGCUCCGUCUCCCCAUGACGGGCCGGGAGAGAGGGGCCAAUAGGGAUCGCGGUGGCCGAUUGUGACGUCUCGGGUUCCAAGGCGCGCGGGGCACGGAAUGCCUCCGCCCCCAUCAGCUUGACUUCUCUCCCCACCCCCACCCUCCCGAGCCUGGCUCGCCGAGACAAAGGUUUCCAGGGUAACCGGCUGGCGGCUCGGGCCAGGGCCCCGCCUCCUCCUGGGAGGGAGGGAGGGAGUUGCUCCUCCCAAGCCCCAGCCGCGGCGCUCGGGACUGCGCCUGCUCUGGACGGUGGGCCCAACACUGCGCCUGCGCGGCCCUCCAGCUCUCAGAGUGUUGCAGAAGGGGAAGGGGGAAUGCAAAAGGAGGACACUUUGCAAAAUCCUUGCCCUUUCAUUUUCCUCCAAGUUCAGACAAAAGCACAGCAUCUGAUUUUACCUUUACACUCACUGGGCCUCCCUUCCCCAGUCCACAACCUCUAAGUUAAAACACUUUAUUCCCUCCCCCCCAACCCCUUGAUUUCUAUGUCCAGGACAGGAAGAGAGGACUUGCGCACACAAAUCUCAAAGCAAACGUCAAAUGAGAGUCUGAAAGAAUCACUCAACUCAUCAAGACUGGUCAUCGUUGAAUCUUGAUGGAGAAAUCUUCGUCUGUCCUUAUCUGCCUUGAAAGCUACAGCGAGACUGCAAAUGUACCGAGACGUCAAAGUGAAGUGAGGAUAAAGGGGCGUUAACCACUUACAAAGCCUGAAGAAACAUCUCCCCGUUCACCACAGGGAAACUGUGGAAGAGCUCUGUUGUGGGUGCGGUCCCAACUGGGCCGUCGGAGCUGGACAGACACGAGGACAACAUGGAGAAACCAUGGAAAUGUGGGGACUGUGGGAAGGGGUUUAAAGUCCCAUCUGAGUUGGAGAUUCAUCGACGCAGCCACACCGGGGAGAGGCCAUUCAUCUGCUCCGAGUGCGGGAAGGGAUUCACUGAAUCGUGCAACUUGCUCCGGCACCAGCAGGUCCACACCGGGGAGAGGCCGUUCGUCUGCUCCGAGUGCGGGAAGGGCUUCACUCAGUCCUCCCACCUCCUGACGCACCAGCGGGUUCACACUCGGGAGAAGCCGUUCAUCUGCCCCGAGUGCGGGAAAGGCUUCACUCAGCUGUCCAGCCUGCUGCGGCACCAGAUGGCCCAUACCGGAGAGAGGCCGUUCAGCUGCUCCGUGUGCGGGAAGGGCUUCACUCGCUCGACCAGCCUGCUGUCUCACCGGCGGGUUCACACCGGCGAGCGGCCGUUCACCUGCUGCUUGUGCGGGAAAGGGUUCACCGAGUCCUCCAAUCUCCGAAAGCACCGGCGCAUUCACACCGGGGAGAGGCCGUACACUUGCUCCGUGUGUGGCAAGGGAUUCACUGAGUCGUCCACCCUGCUGAGGCACCAGGGCAGUCACACCGAGUAGAGCCCCUUUUUAUUAGAGAUCUGUGGAUAGUGGAUCAUAACUGUCUCAGCUUAAAUUAUUUAUAUACGUUGGCAAGGGCAUGGAUUGGAUGGUUCAAUGACUGCACGCAAAGGGACACUGACUGACCAUGCUGUGGACACAAUACCUGUCAUGUUUACCUGGUGUGAAUAAAUCUCCAUUAAGAAUGUUGCCAG